CCAGCUUACAGUGUUUAUUCCUAUUAAUUAUUCCUAUUAAAUCCAAACAUUAGAAAAGCAAUAUGGGCCACGACAAGAACAGCACCGCGGCAGAAAGGGCAUUAGCCUGUGCCCUUGUUAUCAUAAUAAUCACAUGUUUCACUAUCACCGUCGCCAUGGGCGCAUCACAAGAUCUCCACAGCAAUGUUAAUCGCGCCGUGCCAAACAGUCACGAUGAUGUUCCGCCUUCCGUUCUCCCACGAGGAGACCCGUAAGUAUUCCCUAAGUAUUCCCCAAGUAUUCUCUCUGCAUACUUCGCUUUCACCAGCAAUAAUAUCUCGACUAACCAUAACCAUGCCAAAAAGCGACAUGCCCGACGGAAAGCCCCUCUUCAACAUGUCGCGUCCGCACGUCGGCGACGUCCCCUACGGCCAGGCCAUCUUCGCCUGCGCCAACCCGGGGCAAAUCGCGCUGACGUUCGACGACGGCCCUACCUACUGGACCAACCACAUCCUGGACCAGCUGGACGGCCUCGACAUCAAGGCGACGUUCUUCGUCACGGGCAACAACCCGUUCCUGGGCCGGCGCAUCGACAAGGACUCGCAGUACGCAGACAUGCUCAACCGCAUGCAGUCGAGCGGCCACCAGAUCGCGUCGCACACCUGGACGCACAAGCACCUAGAAGACAUCGGGCGCGAGGGCCGCUUCAAGGAGAUGGUGUACAACGAGAUGGCGCUGCGCAACGUCAUGUACACGCCGCCGACGUACAUGCGGCCGCCGUACGGGGAGUGGCGCGACGCGGACGAGAUGCGGGAUCUCGGGGCGCUGGGGUACCACGUCAUCAUGUACAACAUCGACACCAAGGACUACAAGCACAACACGGAGAAGGACAUGGAGGUUUCCAUCGGGCUGUUCAAGGACGCGCUGAGGGAGGACGGCAACGGCUCGUACAUUGUGCUGGCGCACGACGUGCGCGAGUGGACGGCGCUGAAGCUGCUCCCGGCUAUGAUCCAGACCAUGUACCAGAGGGGAUACCGCGCCGUGACGGUGGGGGAGUGUCUGAACGAUUCCGAGUUUAAUUGGUAUAGGGAUCCUGAUAAAGAGGAGGGAAGCUGAUCGGGGGUGGGGGGGGAGGGGGGUUAUAACUUAUAGGUAGGUAGUUACUGUAUUAUAUUAUUACAGAUUUGGAUGAUGGGAGGAAGGGAGGGGACGGCAUUUUGGCGUUUUGGCUGGUACAUGUAUUUUCUUAGUAUUUUCUUCUUCUUGGGGAACCCCUAAUAAGGUUGAUGUGUGUUGUGUUGUGCCUACUAUAGUAGAUAGUAGAUGAAAAUGAAAAUGGGUUACAUGGUAUAAAU